UUCCAUUAGAUGGCUGUGCCUGUACUGUACAUCCCUGUCUGUCUCUGACACAUUCUCUCUCUACCAGUCAAUUCCCUUUGACCAUGGAUCCUGGAGCUGCAUGUCAGGCUGCCUUCCCUGCUGCUGCUCCAUCCCUUCUUCCUGGUGCAGUAGCAGGCCUCCCUGAAGCAUGCAGCCCCCUUGCAAAAGUCUGCAAAGAGACAGCAGAUGAAGUGGCUGAAGCCUAUGUGUGCAUUUGAGCUUGUGGUAACGUACAGGAAGCAACCUCUUUUUUUUUGCUGCUUAGUUGGAUGUACGUUUCGAACUGCUAUUUCAACGUCCUUAGAGUAUGUAGAAAGAAGACUUCCUCUCUUGCAUAUCGGAUCUGUGCCAGUCUUCGUGAUCUGUCAUUGACAAUUGGAGCCCAGAAGCCCAGGGAAGGUGAUAUUGUGAGACAAUAUUGGGUGGACAGCUGUUAAAAAGAUGCAUCUUUCAGGAUUAGGAGACAGCCACCUGCAGAUGGGAGAUGAAGCAUGAAGGGUUUAAAAUGAGUAGAGCUACAGCAGUUAUGACUUAUGCAGCUUCUUAGAAACUGUUUUGAAAUACACCACAACAUUUUUUUGUUCAACCUAAUUGCUUUGUUUUUUUUCGUAAGUUGUUUGGCUGAUUAAAAAUAAAAUUACGUGAGCUUUCUCAUUUUUUUUCUUUUUUUUAACGGACAUCCCAACUUUAAGAGUGAGUUUAAACUCUGGAUUUCAGUGCGCUAAAGAAACUCAGAAUGGGCAACGCAGCCGGGAGUAUGGAAGCUUUCUCUCAGGGUAAGGAGGUCAAAACCCCACCACCUGCAACAGUGGCUACUCCGCCACAGAAGCAGCCAGCACCCCCCAAACUGCCCAUGCCUGCUGUGGGUGAGCUGGAGGAGAGGUUCAACAUUGUCUUGAAUUCAAUGAAUUUGCCUCCAGACAAGAUGAAACUUCUCAGCCAGUAUGACAAUGAGAAGAAAUGGGAGCUGGUCUGUGAUCAGGAGCGCUUUCAGGUGAAGAACCCCCCUUCUGCCUACAUCUACAAACUGAAGAGCUACCUGGACCAGGGGGUGCUGGGCCGCAAGUUUAAGAGACUGGUGCAGGAAUCAACACAGGUUCUUAGAGAGCUGGAGAUCUCCCUUCGAACUAACCACAUUGGAUGGGCUCAGGAGUUCCUCAAUGAAGAGAACAGAGGCCUCGAUGUGCUGGUGGACUACCUAUCCUUCGCUCAGUGCUCUGUCACAUAUGACAUUGAGAGUGUGGAUAACGGUGGCCUGACUCCUGAAAAGGGGAAGUCCCUGGACAGAUCAGUUGAAGACCUGAGCAAGAGCGCUGGCAAUUCCCCCACCCACAGCUCAUCCAAAUCCACCCGGCAGCUCACUGUCAGGAUUAACUCAAUGCACAGCAGGAAGGCCCUGCGCAACUCUCGCAUUGUCAGCCAAAAGGACGACGUCCACGUCUGCAUCAUGUGCCUGCGUGCCAUCAUGAACUACCAGUCAGGGUUCACCCUGGUGAUGACCCACCCGCGCUGUGUGAACGAGAUUACGCUGAGCCUCAACAACAAGAACGCCAGGACGAAAGCGCUGGUGCUGGAGCUCCUGGCAGCGGUGUGUCUGGUGCGAGGAGGACAUGACAUUAUUCUGUCCGCCUUCGAUAACUUCAAGGAGGUGUGCGGCGAGAAGAACCGAUUCGAGAAGCUGAUGGAGUACUUUCGUAAUGAGGACAGCAACAUCGACUUUAUGGUGGCCUGCAUGCAGUUCAUCAACAUCGUGGUCCAUUCUGUGGAAAACAUGAACUUCCGGGUGCAUCUGCAGUACCAGUUCAGUCAGCACGGGCUGGACGAGUACCUGGAGAAGCUGAAGCACACAGAGAGUGACAAGCUGCUGGUGCAGAUCCAGGCGUACCUGGACAAUGUGUUUGAUGUGGGGGCUUUGCUGGAGGACGCCGAGACCAAGAAUGCCCUGCUGGAGCACAUGGAGGAGCUGCAAGACUUCAAUACACAGCUGUCAGAGAAGCUACAGGACAGUGAGAGUGUGUCAAUGGAGAAGAUGGCAGAGCUGGAGAAGCAGCUGAUCCAGGCCACAAAGGAGGUGGAGGUGCUGAGGGAGAGUUUGCGGGAGUCGGUGGUGCAGGUGAGCGUGCUGAAGCAGCAGGAGGUGGACAGGAAGCAGGUGAAGCAGGACUCCUCAGAGCUGGAGCAGAGACUGGCGGAGCUGCAGGACCAGGGCCUCCUCCGCAUGAGCAGAAACACGCAGGGAGAGCUGGCCAUCGAGGUCAUCCCCAUCACCAUCAUCCAGGCGCCCUCUGCAGCAGAUACAGGUCCACCACCAGCAUCACAGGCUGUAUCAGAGGAAUCCAGCAGCCCUCUGGCACUGACCCCAGCUCCUCCUCCUCCCCCUCCCCCACCACCACUGCCUGGAGACCCUUCCACACACCCUCCCCAGGUAGCUCCCACCUCAUCCACAUCAAUGCCCCUCCCACCUCCUCCCCCUCCUCCACCCCUGCCUGGCUCAGAGGAGACCCCUUCCCAUCAAACACCACCCCUGGCACCCCCCCCACCUCCUCCCCUCCCCGGUACCCCAGGCCCACCAAUGGCCCCUCCUCUGGGUGGAGCCAGCACUUCUGCCCCUCCCCCUCCCCCACUUCCAGGUGGAGCCAAUGGACCAGCCCCUCCCCCUCCCCCUCCUCUUGGAAUUGUGAGUGGCAGCACGGAUUCACAAUCUGCUUCAGCGAAGUCUAAGAAGCCCAUCAAGACCAAAUUCCGCAUGCCGCUGUUGAACUGGGUGGCUCUGAAACCCAACCAAGUAACAGGAACCAUCUUCAAUGAGAUUGAUGAUGAGCAUGUCUUAGGGGAGCUGAACAUGGAUGCCUUUGAGGAGGAGUUCAAGACCAAGGCUCAGGGCACCUCUCUUAACAUCAGCACCAUCAAGGUCAAGGCUGUCCAGAAGGCACCCAGCAAAGUGACGCUCAUCGAAUCCAACCGGGCCAAGAAUCUGGCCAUAACCCUUCGCAAGGCCGGGCUCAACGUGCCGGAGAUCUGCACUGCCAUCGAAACGUUCAACAUGCAGUGUCUCAGCCUGGAUUUCCUGGAGCUGCUGGCGCGCUUCAUCCCCACGGAGUACGAGCAGAAGCUGAUCAGUAAGUAUGAGCGGGACAAGAAGCCCCUGGACGAACUCUCCGAGGAGGACCAGUUCAUGGUGCGGUUCAGCAAGAUCCCCCGGCUCUCUGAGCACAUCAACAUCCUCACCUUCAUGGGAAACUUCAACGACACGGUGCAGCUGCUCAAACCCCACCUCAAUGCUAUUAUUGCUGCAUCCAUGUCCAUCAAAUCAUCUGCCAAACUGAAAAAAAUCCUUGAGAUUAUCCUGGCUUUUGGCAACUACAUGAACAGCAGCAAGAGAGGGGCAGCAUAUGGCUUCCGGUUACAGAGUCUCGACCUGCUGCUGGAUACAAAGUCGACGGACCGCAAGCAGACGUUAUUGCACUUCAUCGUGAACAUCAUCCAGGAGAAGUACCCAGAGCUGAGCAGCUUCCACACAGAGCUGCACUUUGUGGACAAGGCGGCAGCAGUGUCCCUGGAUAGUGUAGUGCAGGACGUCCGCUCCCUGCAUCGUGGGAUGGAGUUGACCCGGAAGGAGUUCAUGGUGCAGGAUGACAAUGUUGUGCUGAAGGGGUUCUUGAAGAGCAACAGCGAGGUCCUGGACACACUGCAGACAGACUGCACAACUGGCCAGGAGGCGUAUGAGUCUCUGGUAGAAUAUUUUGGGGAGAACCCCAAGACAACUCCGCCCUCAGUUUUCUUCCCUGUGAUUGUACGAUUCAUUAAGGCUUACAAGCAAGCCGAGCUGGAUAUUGACCUGCGAAAGAAGCAGGAAGCCCUGUCCAGUGAAGUAGGCGAGGCUCCCCCUACUCCUGACAAAAAGGAAGUGUCUGCACAGAAGCCCCCCAAGAUGAAGCUCCAGCAGAUGGACCUGAUUACAGAGCUGAAGAAGCGGCAGGUGAAGGAGCCCCUAAUGAGAGAGGGGAAGGACGGGGCCAUCGAGGACAUCAUCACUGAUUUGCGGAAUCAACCAUACAGGCGCGCUGAUGCAGGCCGGCGCAGUGUGAAAAAGCGAUCGAACGGACAGCAGCUCCAAGUCUCUUCGGAUAACUUAUAACUGCACCCCAGUGCAGACUGGGAAACAAGGCCAUCUCAUCAGACCGAGCUCAGAGAGAGAGAGAGAGAGAGGAGAGAGGAGAGAGAGAGAGAGAGAGAGAGCGAGAGAGCGAGAGCAAUCCAGCAAAGUGAAGAGACAGAGCGAAAACGUGUAUGAAUAGAAUGGCCUGAAAAUGCAUUGUUGAAACAAUUACUUCCACACACAUCUUUUAAUUGCGUAAUAUCCAUUGAGUGCUCCAAGACUUUUAGCGAUUUUUUUUUUUUUUUGCAGAACGAUAUAUAAAAUAUAUACUUUCAAAGGUCAGUAGGGGGUUCCAUUGGACACCCCUGACCCACACAAACAUACACAAUAUCUACAUCAGGGGUGGCCAAAGUUGACCCGUCAGUCCUCAUCUUUGAACCCUGUUCUGAAUUGUUUAAUUGAACUAAUAUAACCUCCACCCAGACCUGUUAAACCUGGAGUGGCAUGGCCCUUCGAGACUGAUUCGGCUCCCCUGCAUUAUACUUCUUAAGCAUACUUCCAUACUUCAAAUCAGGCAACUCUAAAGGCGCUGUGUCAAUGAUGAGCAAUAUGUUUCAACAGGGGAGAGUGCAUUUCAAUGAAAUCCCAGCGAUUGCAUAGGGAUUUUUUUUUCUGCUCCUCAUGUAAACACCUAAAUAUCAACAUGGUUUUCUUCAAUUGUGGCAGAUGUUGAGUGAGACACAGAGAAAGGACCCUACAUGAACAGAGAGGCUUGAGGGCUUCAGCUGUCUUCAGACUGUUGUCUCUCUCACAACCAGCAUCUGCUGGUACAACUGUCUCUUAGUUAAGUAGGUUAAGGAUAUAAAGUGGUCCAUCCAUGGUAGUUGAGAUACAAGCUGUUAUUUAUAAUUUGAACCUCUCAGGUUGUCUCAGAUUCAGGGAUCAUAUGGAUCGGUUUCGCAGUUUCUUUGAAUCAUUUGAUUUUUCAGUUUUCUUUUUUUGAAUAGCUUUGAAUCAUUUUACAGUUUUCUUUUUUUGAAUAGCUUUUUUUCACUCCACCUUCUAUGUUGUGUUAUGUAGUGUAGUGGGAUAUUACUGUUUUUUUAAUUAAAAUAUACCAAUGUUUAGAAAGCUUGUAUAGACAACAAGUUGCAAUGUCAGUACUACAAGCAGACACGGGUGAUCCUAUUGAGAAGUAUGGUUAUUAUUCAAGGCAGCAAUCUUUAUUUUUAUGUUAUGCUAAGUUUUGUGUUGUCGAGUCAAACAAUUUAAAUUUGUUCUUUGAUUACCCCACACAGACAGUUCUGUUUAUUGCAAACCAACAGUUAAUAACUAAGCUGACAUGACUACCUGCAAAUUGCUAAACAAAUUAAAAUAAAAAAAAAACAAAAAAAAUGGUAUUUCCUUUGAAAGGGAUCCUGUGAGAAUAAUGCACCUUUUCAUUUACACAGCCACCCACUAUGCACAGUAGAAGGUUUGUUACUAUUAACCAUAGGCUAUUGCACUAGCAUCCUGAAUAUUGGCCACUGAUGAGGAUGUUCACUGGAAGGAAGAGUUCUGCUUCUAAAGCCUUGGUUAUCAUUCUAUUUCCUACAAUUCACACGAGUACCACCUCUGAAGACAGAAGACAGUGAUGCAACUGCAAUACUAAAUAUGCUAUCGUUUAAGUGCAUACAUCAGCCAAGUUAAAAAAUACUUCUUAAACUUAUUCAUAUGCUGUUUUCAGAUCUCCCACCUAAAGCUACUUUAUAAAAGUCUUGGUUUCCUCUCGUUCGUAAACUUUCUUAUGUUCUUAAUACAUUUUAUUCAUGUUUAUUUGCCAAUGUUUAAAAUCUGAAGACGUCAUAUAUAAUUUGUUGUUGUUAACUUACAAUACAGUACAGUUCCUUUUAAGAGCUCCUUUCCCAAUAAACAUUUGAUCUAUGAAGUAGAAUUGAUUAUGCAAAUAGAACAUUUUUACAAAAUAGAAAUGACAUGUUCUAUAGAAAUACGGUUUAAAAUAUGUUUCUGCAGCAGUUAUGACUGCUGAAAAACAGGUAGCUUCUAAAAGACAGCCAGACUCUUAGUACUGACAGUAGCAUGUGAACACCCAAUUACUGCAGUGAUUCUAAAGACACUGAGACUGAUAUGAAGUAUAAUAUUUAGUAGUUUAAACAGUAAUGAUGGAGUAGCAAAGUCUAUACAACAGACAAGUGUAGGGGGUAAGAGUGUUCUCAUGCUUCAUAGCCACCACAAUAUCCCAAUCAUCAGUUUUAGUAUUAUUCACUGGACCAUGGGCUGUUACUUUUACUAUGUUUCAACAACACCAGUCUACCCAUAAAAUAUUAUAUAUAUGGCCUCUGUUCCCUUUCAGCAUAAAUAUACUGCACAUGUUGUACGAAAGAAACUAAACAAACAUCAGAUUUUAUUUUAAUGUAUAUAUAUAUAUAAUCUGAUAGAUGAUCUGCAUAUAUCAAACUUUUGCAGUGUUAGCUGGUUGUUAUUUUUACUGGUCGUUUCCAGUAUCCUGUAAAACUGUAUCAGAAUCAGUUUUUCCUGUUAUUUAAGAUAUAUUGUUGCUUACAGCAAUGCUCAUGAUUACAAGCAAUUCUGUGUGCUGUAAAUGUUAAGACUGAAGAUGAACCCAUCCCUAGCUCAAGGAACUGGAUUGCAUUGCUAGUUUUUACACAUUUAUUUGUAAAAUGAUAUAAAGAGAAAAGGUACUGUUACUGAUUUUACUUAUUUUUGAGCGUUUUACUUGUUUUUGUUUAAUUUUACUAUUAAAAAUAUUCAUUUUGAUACAAGA